UGGUGGUGGGUACGACUUCCAGCUUCAUAAAGACAUGGACGAUCUCCUCCGGAUAAAACUGCGGUCACGAUUCUCCAGACGUCGAACACACACAGUUUGGAUUUUUUUCACUCCUUGGGGACAUGGGUUUGAGUCGAUUCGAGGAUGGUACUGCCUUUGCAAGAGUGGAUCCCGAACUUUAGGUUGCUGCGGUCAUGUUGCGGCGGUUCUCCGGUACUUAUCCUACGAUAGAUUCCUUCCAAUCAGAAGUCGUCGGAAGUUGGAUUCCGAAGGUUACUUGGAUACAACUCCCAAUCAAGAAGUUCCAUCUUCCUCUCAACCUGGACCAUCUCAUGGAGUAUCUUUGGUCGCAGAUGUCGUCGAAUUGCUGGAAGGUGCCGAUGUUAACGCCGCGGAGUCUUCUGAUGAUGAGGAAUUUUCUGAUGAGGAUUAGUUGAAGAGUCGGCAUAUUUUUGAGUUGAUUAUUCUACAGUUUAUAGUUUUUUUCGGCUUGUAAGCCUGUCCUCUGUAUAUUUAUUUUGUAUUGUUUCAUGCACGUUCUUGUGUAAAAUGCUUGUGAUU